AAGUUUGAUACUGGAAUUGUAAACAUUCCCAGUAUGUCUAAAAUGCCGGCGAAAAAGAAGAGCUGUUUUCAAAUCACAAGUGUGACACAGGCUCAGGUUGCGGCCAGCAACGCAGCGGACGACACAGAGAGCUUGGACGACCCAGACGAAUCUCGGACUGAGGACUUGUCUUCAGAAAUAUUUGAUGUGUCUCGGGCCGACUAUGAACCUGAGGUGUGUGACAGAAGCUCAUCCGAGGAAACAUUAAGUAACGUUGUAGAUUCGGAGGCGUCACAUGCACAGUCUGGGCAGCAGCCUGCAGUACCCGCGGCUAGUAACGGGAGUUUUACUUUCCGUAACGUUGGGGCGGCCGGGGGUUCUGGCCAGUCUUCCACAGGCCAAGCCGCGGUCACGCAGCAGUCUGCCCCUGCCGCCAGUGGAGGGGCGGGUAACGCAGGCGUGCCCGCAAGCACGUCGCAGUCGUCAGGGGCAAGCUCCACAACAGCUACAACAACGAGCUGCAGUUCACGCUUCAGGGUCAUCAAACUUGAUCAUGGUACUGGAGAGCCCUUCCGACGGGGUAGGUGGACAUGCACCGAAUUUUAUGAGAAAGAGUCAGAAGGUUCAGUUAUCAGUAGGACUGUGGAUAGUAUAAAGCACCCAAGUCCCUCAGAAUCGGGGGCAGACCGAGACAGUGGGUUAGGGGCUACAGGAGGUUCCACUGUGGUGCAGUCUGGGCUCUCUGGCCAGGGACCAGAUUCGACAGUGGAUGCUGUUUUACAUUCUACCCCUCUUUAUCCUAUGGAAUCUCAGCAGCAGCAGGUCAUUCAAGGAUCUGUGACCCGUGAAUCUUUUAGUAACAAAUCUGGUGCCGUUCCAGCUCCGUACCAGCAGAGCAGCUCUCAUGUUGCUGCUGCUGCUGCUCCACAGAACCUCCUCCCGGCUGGACAAAAUGGCUUACACCAGGGCAUACAUGUCCAGAAAUCCCCCAGCGUGGCCCCAGCUUCUCAGACCCAUCCAAUUGUCUAUCAGACCCAGCAGCAGUCUGUGGGACACCACCUGCAGAGUCAGUCUGGCCUGGUUUCUGUAAGCCAGCCUGAAUAUGGCCAGCAGCAUCUUCCUGUCACAAUCACACAGACUUUGCCCGUAGCCAAUCUCUCAGUGGGACAGGCUGUUGAUCAAGGGCCCUCCCCAGUAUCUGCCAUGGGCCUUGGGGGAGCCCAGGUUCUUGGAGCACCAGGAGACAUGAGGACACCCUCUGGGGGUGUUCACGUAGCGGGUGGUCAACCAGCCUCUUCGUCAGCACCAAGUCUGGGACAGCCACAACAGCAGCAAACUGGUGGGGGGAUGGUGAGCAGUGUUGCCACAGGGCAUCCUGGAGCCUCUGUUCAGCAACAAAAACCUGUAGGCCAAUACAACUCUUCAGCCGUGGUCCAUGGCACCUCCAUAGCACAGCAGGGCACCCAGAACAUGGCUAUGCCGAGUAUGGGGAUUGGCAACACGCCAGCCACAAAUGUGUCCACCACGGCACCAGGGCAGCAGACCCAGGCGACCCGAAAUGGGAUGACGGGGGGCAUGAGCGCCCCGGGAGCGGCCACGGGUGGCUUGGGUCAGAUGGAAGACAGUCGAAGGAAAUCAGACGCUUUGUCCCAGGUUCCCGUGGUCUCUGGGAAAGACGUGGUGAGGACGCUGAUCCCAGACAGCCUGCAGCUGCCUGGCCCAGCAGUGAACAGUUUUUUUGGAAUAUCCAUUGCUGUUGACGGGGAUGAUGACAGUGCCUCUGGAGCGAGUAUUGUCGCCAUUGAUAAUAAAAUAGAGCAAGCAAUGGAUUUAGUCAAAAGCCAUCUGAUGUAUGCAGUGCGAGAGGAGGUAGAGGUGUUGAAAGAGCAGAUUAAGGAACUGUAUGAGAGGAACUCUGUGCUGGAGCGGGAGAACGCCGUGCUGAAAUCCUUGGCCAACAAUGAGCAGCUCUCCCAACUCUCCACCCAGUCCACUUCAAACUGCAGCAGUGGCCCUAAGCUGCUCCCCCAGCCUGGGUUCACUCAGACACAGCCUCCCCAGCAACAGCCUCCACCCAAGCUGGACGUCACGCAGACCAUGAACCAUCCGCCGCCGCAGCAGCAGCCCAAUGUCACCUCUGCUUGAAGCCUGUUCUCUCGUCCACUGCGGAGAGAGGGGGAAGACAAAUUCAAAAGCAUCCUUCAAUUCUGUCUAUUAUUACAAAAAAAAAGGAGAGAAAAUCUGUCUUGUCCACCACCACUACCACCACCUCCACUAGCCUGAAAAAAAAAGCUACAAGCAGAGCUUCUUCAGUGUCUGUGCUGUCUGUCCUCCCAGUGUGAAGAGAGCGAGGUGUGUCCUUCUUUUGGGACCAGGUGCGGGCCCAAUCCCUGGACAAGGUGGACAGUCUAUUCAUGUGAAACUGAGGGGUGGACCAGGCCGUAAUGACAGAGAGAUAUUUUUUUAAUAACUAAAAGAGAGAGAGAGAGAGAGAGAGAGAGAAAAUACAGUCAGGAGAAGGGUUUAUUUUAUUAGCAUUGCUGUUUCAUGUCGUAAGAAGAAAAGAGUCUAUUUUCAGAGCCAUCGUACUUUACAACGUCUAAUUCAAUUCACCAAUGAGUUACAUUGUACUGUUUUAUUAUUUAUUAGUGGGCUGCUAUUUCAGAACAAUGUCACAGAUGCUGAUAUGAGAUGAGUCAGAGCCCCUCCCACCCUCAAACUUACAUCCUGACAAUAAUUGGGUAAAAAAAAACUGAAAUGCAGUCAAAACCAUAAAUUUGCUCAAUUUUAUGAAAUGUUUAGGGCACAGUUGAAACACUAAAGGCAGUUUUACUCUCUGGAUUGAGAAUGUGAAGUGGUCAGAUCCAGUAUGAAUGUAUACUAUUUUUCCUUUUGUAUAGAGUGUAAAGUAUGAGAGAGAGCAUAGCAAGUUUGUACAGGUUCUGGGGAUGAAAUCUUAACUGAAAACUUCAGCAGGCUACCUUGAUGAAGAAAACUUCAGUUCUGUCACUAGAUCUAAAAAAUGUAAUGUCAGUUGCCAUAUCUCCUGCCCCUCCCCUUAUCCUGAUGUUAUGUGCAUAUGUUUUAUUUUUGGGUUGGGAAGGGACAUUUAAAAGCUGUGAAAUUGUUCAACCUACUUUGUAACCAAAGAUGCAAAGCUGUGUAAUUCUUUUUUUUUUUUUUCCUUUUUCUUUA